CGAGGACCCCCGAGCUCAUAGCAUGCUCGGCCCAGUGAGGCCCCGGCCUCCUCUUCCCCCCUCCUACGUGGCCCCGCCUGGGCCGGGUCAGCCCUGGACUCCUCCUCCAGGAAGCCUUCGGGGCUGGGAGCAGGAGCCGAUCGCCGUCCUCUGCUCUCUGGGAACCCCGCUCUCCUCAGGCCCCGCCCCGCCGUUGCUGUCGCGCCCUCCACUCAAACCUCUUGCUCAGCCUUCGAAGCAUUUGGACCUGAUCCUGGAGGAAAGCAUGGAGCUUGAGGGAAUACCCUCUGGGACCAGGAGGAAGCCAUCUCAGGAGGCUGUGACAUUCAAGGAUGUAGCUGUGGACUUCACGCAGGAGGAGUGGUGUCUCUUAGACACUUCCCAGAAGGCUCUGUACAAAGAUGUCAUGCUGGAGACCUCCCAGAACCUGCUGUCCUUGGGGCUUCCGGUUGCCAAAGCAGAUCUGAUUUCCCAUUUAAACCAGGAGGAAACUUGGAUGCUAAAAGAAGACGACCCAAGAAACUCCUCCAUAGGUGGGGAAACCAGGACUCAAACCAAGGAGUCUCCUCCAAAACUGAGUAUUUCCUGUGAUUUCAGUUUGAGAGAAAUCUGGGAUUGUGAAAGCAAUUUAGAGAAGAAGCAAGGAAACUGGGAGAGUCAUUCCAGACCAUUCAAAAUUAACCUCAGGAAGAUUUCCAGUAAAGAGAAAGAUGAGGAAUGUAAUACAUUUGAAAGGCAUUUUAGUCAAGAGUUAGAUCUAACCCUUUCUGUCCAACAGACAGUCCCCACUGGAAAGAUUUACCAUGAAUAUGAUGAAAAUGGAAGGAGCUUCAGGCAAUAUUCAAACCUAAUUCAAUUUAAGAAAAUUACUUCAGGGACUGGAUAUUCCAAAUGCAGUGAAUAUAGAGACCAUUUUAAUGAGCAGAAUGAGCUUAUUCAUCAGCAAGCGAAGCAAACUGGAGUCAAAAUUUUUCAAGAAAAUCAUGGUGACACAGCUUUUGCUUUAGUCCCAGACCUUAUCAGUCAUCAUAAGAGUCAUACUGGUGAAAUGUCUUAUAAAGGUGAUGAAUGUGGUACAGACCUCAUCCAUCAAUCAUCUCUUAAUUUACAUCAGAGAGUUCAUACUAAGGAGACAUUGCAUGGAUGUAAUCAAUGUUGGAAGGCCUUUUUUCAGAGCACAGAUCUUAUUAAACAUCAGAAAAUUCACAAACCAGAAAAACCUCAGAGCUCAUCCCUUAUUUCACAUCAGAGGAUUAAUUCUGGAGAGAAACUUUAUAAAUGUAGUCAUUGUGGAAAGGCUUUCAGACAAUCCUCCAAUCUUGUUGUACAUCUGAGGAUACAUACUGGAGAGAAGCCCUAUAAAUGUAAUGAAUGUGGGAAGGCAUUCAGCCAAAGCUCAUCUCUUAUGACACAUCACAGGAUUCAUUCUGGAGAAAAACCUAACAGAUGUAAUGAAUGUGGGAAAGCCUUCAGUCAGAGCUCAUCCCUUAUUGCACAUCAAAGGAUUCAUACUGGAGAAAAGCCCUAUAAAUGUAAUGAAUGUGGGAAAGCCUUCGGCCAUAGUUCAUCCCUUAUUGCUCAUCGAAGGAUUCAUUCCAGAGAAAAACCUUGCAAAUAUAAUCAAUGUACAAAAGCUUUCAUAAAGCCCUCCAAGCUUACAGUACAUCAGAGAAUUCACACUGGAGAAAAGCCCUAUAAAUGUAGUGAAUGUGAUAAGGGCUUUAGGUGGAGGGCAAAGCUUAUUGUACAUGAGAGAAUUCACACUGGAGAGAAACCUUAUGAAUGUAAUCAGUGUGGAAAAGCUUUCAGACAGUCCUCCAAACUUGCAGUACAUCUGAGGAUUCAUACAGAAGAGAAGGUGUAUCAAUGUAAUGAGUGUGGGAAGGCCUUUUCCCAGAACUCAUCCCUUACUGUACACCGAAGGAUUCAUAAUAUAGAAAAUCCUUAUAAAUGUAAUCAAUGUGGAAAGACUUUUAGAAAACCUUCCAAACUUAAAGUACAUCAGGGGAUUCACACUGGAGAAAAGACCUACAAAUGUAGUGACUGUGGGAAGGCCUUCAGUGAAAACUCAUCCCUUAUUGCACACAAGGUGAUUCAUGCUGGAGAGAAACCUUACAAAUGUAAUCAAUGUGCAAAGGCUUUCAGACAGUCCUGCAACCUUGCUGUACAUCAGAGGACACAUACUAGAGAGAAGCGUUAUAGAUGUAAGGAGUGCGGGAAAGUCUUCAGUGAAAGGUCAUCUCUUAUUGGACAUCAGAAGAUUCAUUCUGGAGAGAAACCUUAUAAAUGUAAUGAAUGUGGGAAUGCCUUCAGACAGAGCUCAUCCCUUAUUGCCCAUCAACGGAUUCAUACUGGAGAAAAGCCCUAUAAAUGUAGUGAAUGUGGGAAAGCCUUCAGCCGGAGCUCAUCCUUUAUUGCCCAUCAAAGAAUUCAUACUGGAGAGAAGCCCUAUAAAUGUAAUGAAUGUGGAAAUGCUUUCAGCCACAGCUCAUCUCUUAUUGCACAUCAGAGGAUUCAUACUGGAGAGAAGCCCUUUAAAUGCAAUGAAUGUGGGAAGUCUUUCAGCCACAUUUCAUCCCUUAUUGCACAUCAGAGGAUUCAUACUGGAGAGAAGCCCUUUAAAUGCAAUGAAUGUGGAAAGUGUUUUAGCCAGAAGUCAUCCCUCAUUGUACAUCAGAGAAUUCAUUCUGGAGAGAAACCUUAUAAAUGUGAUCAAUGUGUAAAGGCUUUCAUAAAUGCCUCCAAACUUUCUGUACAUAAAAGGAUUCAUACUGGAGAGAAGCCCUAUAAAUGCAAUGAAUGUGGGAAGGCAUUCAGCCGUAGUGCAAACCUUAUUGUACAUCAGAGGACUCAUACCAGAGAUAAAUCUUAUAAAUAUAAUCGUCAAAAGUCUUUUGGACAGCCCUCCACCCUUGUACAGAAGAGAAUUAAUACUGGAGAGAAGCUCUACAAAGAUAACGAAGGUGGGAAAGCCUUCACUCUGAACUCAUAUCUUACUGGACAUGAAAGAAUUCAUACUGGAGCGAAACCUUCUAAAUCUAUUUGAGGUGGGAAUGCCCUUAGCUGGAGGUAGAAUUUAUCAUAUAUCAGAAAAUUAAUAUUGUUCAUGAAUCUGUGGCAUUUAAUGCAUUUAAAAAACUUUCUUACAUCCAUCAUGUAUUACUACACAUCAACAUUCCAGAACAUUCAUGGACCAUAAUUUAUUUCUUCAGCCAUUCCAUAAAUGACUGGCAACCACUUUGUUUCUAAUUUGCUGCUACCAGAAAAACUGC